AUGAGCAGAUGGACUCUCAAGAUAAUGAUGUCCAGAAGCUGUUGGUGAUCAAGGAGGAGUUUUCACUUGAGCAGCAGAACUUGAGUUCCAGACCGGACCAGGAGGACCAAAACCCACCUCAAAUUAAAGAGGAAGAGGAGGAGGCUGACGUCAUAGAGUUUAUUUUCAGUCCUGUCAGUGUAAAGAGUGAAGACGAUGAAGAGAACCCUCAGUUUUCACAUCUUCAUCUGAACCGGGCUGAGGAGAACGAAGGCUCUGUUCUAGAUCCAGAUCAAUAUUUAGAAUCGGACACUGAAGAUAAAACUUCAGACUCUCCAGACGUCUGCAAGUCACAUCAGUUAAGACUCAACAGAAUCAAAGCAGGAGGAAAGUCUUUCAGCUGCUCAGUUUGUAAAGCAGCGUUUAAAAGGAAAGAGCAAUUUCUGGAGCACACAAGAAUCCAUGCAGAUGUCGAUCAACUGUUUGCGACCAGAGAGGAGUUUCCUUCUAAGCAGCAUCUCUGGAGUCUCGACCAGGAGGACCAAAAGCCCUCAGACCUCAAAACAGAACAAGAAGAGUCUGAAAUCACAAGGUCCAGCUCUGCACCUGUGAAAAAUGAGGAUGAUGAAGAGAAACGUCGUUCUUCAGAGCUUCAUCACAGCAAGACUAAGAAGAACACAUACUCUGUGGGACCAGAUCCAGAUCGGUGUUUGGAAUCAGAUUUUAAAGACAAAAUGUCCGAUUCUUCAGAGACGGAUGUCAGUGAUGGAAACUGGGAGGAGAAUAAACCUCAGUCAAGUUUAAACUCUGUCCGAAAUAAAGUUCCUGUAGGUGGUAAAAGAUGUGAGAGCAGUAAGAAGGUUUACUGCUGCGCUAAAUGUGGUAAAACAUUCAAACGCAAGUCAUCUCUGGUGAGACACAACAGAAUCCACACAGGGGAAAAACCUUUCAGCUGCUCCGACUGCAAAGCAACUUUUGCAUUUAAAUACCGCUUAGUGCAUCACAUGAAGAUGCACAACAGAGAAACACCUUUCAGCUGCUCCGUUUGCAAAGCAGCCUUUUUAUUUAAAUACCGCUUGGUUCGCCACAUGAGAGUCCACACCAGGGGGGAGUCUUACAGCUGCACCGUUUGUGGUAAAAAGUUUACUAGGAAAAACUGCCUGGUUUCUCACAUGAGUCGUCACACAAAACCUAACCAUUGCCCAAUCUGCGGGAGAUGCUUUGUUCACAGGUCCAGUCUAACGUCUCAUAUAAGACUUCACACAGGAGAGAAACCCUUCAGCUGUUCCAUCUGUCAGGCAGCUUUCAAUCGGAAACAAAGUCUUGAACUACACACAAAAACUCACAACGGAGAGAAACCUUUCAUCUGUUCGAUCUGUCGGGCAGCUUUCAAAUGGAGAGCAACGUUUGAACGACACACAAGAACCCGCUGCGGGAAACCUUUCAGCUGCGCAGUUUGUAAAGCUGCCUUUAGAAAGAAACUGCAUUAUCUGGAACACACAAGAUCUCACAAAGACAUCCAGCAGCUGGUAGUUUCCAAACAUGAGUUUCCUCCUGAGCGACAGAACUGGAGUCCCAGACUGGACAAGAAGGCUGAUGUCACAGAGUCCACCAUCGGUUCUGUCUCUGUGAAGUUUGAAGAUGAUGAAGGAAAACCUCACUCCUCAGAGCUUCAUCUAAACCAGACUAAGAAGACCAGAGACUCUGAGGGACCAGCUCCAGAUCAAUAUUUAGAAUCAUAUCCUGAAAACAAAACUUUGUCUUCUCCAGACAGUCGUGGAUCAGCUGGGCCAGUUCACAACAGAAACAACACGGGAGAAAAAGCUUUCAGCUGCUCCAUCUGUAAGACAACAUUCAAACUGAAAACGUCUCUAGUGCUACAUACACGAACCCACUCUGGAGUGAAACCUUUCCGCUGCUUUGUUUGUAAAGUUGCCUUUUUAACUAAAUAUACUUUAAUGCAGCACACGAGAACCCACACUGAAGAGAAACUGUACAGCUGGAACCAAAAAAUUGCUUGGGUGUCAGCUGCCAAAGCACAUCAACGCUUCAGUUCAGACAAAGAAUGAAGCAGAGGUUACAGCCACUGAAUAGACUGAUGCUGUUUAUGAUGAACACAAAGACAAAAGACAGGACAAACAAAACCACUGUCCAUGUCAACAAUUUAGGAGGUUUGAUGGUCUACUUGUAAACAUGGCACUCCCCGCACCACUGACUGGCAUUUACAUCAUAUUAAAUGUGUAUAUUUAUUUUGGUCAGUUUAAAAAAUGGUUAUUGUGAUUACCUUAUGAACUUAAUUAUCACACCACACCUGGUAUACACAGAUAUUUAAUGGCAAAGGCAGGGCUCGU